UGAUAUCGUUAGGUACAAAUUUAGAAGACACAUAAUUGGUAAAAGACGAGUAACGGCGUUGGUCAAGAAUUUUGCAGGUUCUUUUUUUUAAAUCCUGUACCUGUUAAUCAUACAACGCAAACGAAGUCAUAGAAAGCUACUAGUAAUGUUAACAAUGUUACAGUAUUAUAAGUAGAAAGAAAGUAAUAACCUUAAAAGGUAUCAAAUUAGCGCAUUUGUCCAGCUUACUCGUUAUGCGACUAAAUAUAUCCUUUGUUUAAUUAUAGAAGGCCUUUUGAACAUCUGGUUAAUUAGAUUAAAACAUAAGAAAAGAUUAUAUAGAAAUAAGGUUUCGCGGAUAUAACUCGGAGCCCUGUGCGUUGUUCCUUCAGUUUGUUCUUAGGUUGUCUGUGAGACAGACAAAUAUGUUUCCUAAUGAUAGCAAAGUCUGUUCAUGUCACACUUCAGCUAAUUUGUUAGAAAAUGUGGCUGGUGAUUUUCUCCAUUCUAACGUUACUUUGGCUAACUCUCGCAUUGUAGACAAUACGUCAGAUUUAGCCCUUAUCGUUGGAGUUUUAAUUGCGGUGUUGGUGUACAUAGCAAUAAACGUCGAGGGAUUACAAAUAGAAGCGACAUUACAGAAAUUCACAAAACAUAAAAUAAUCCAGAGAGCUUUAGUUUUAGCGCUUCUGGUACUAACUUCCCCGAUCAUAAUUUCUUUCACCUUAAUAUCGUUACUUUACAAAAUAACGUGUUAUUAUAUUAUAAAAGCGAAUGAUGUUAACUUUGCUGCAUUUCUCGAUGGUUUUGAUGUUUUCUGGAGUUUAGAAGACGAUGACUCUAGAUGUGUUAUAAACGUGUUAGGAAUCAUUGAAACCAAUACGUCAGAUAGUUUAGUCGCAAGAAUAAAACAGAAACUUAACAUCGUUAUUACUAAUAAGAGCUGUAACAAGUUAUUUUAUAGACGAAAUGAAAAAUACGGAUGGUACUAUUGGAGAAAUUAUUCCGAAAUUGAUUUAAAUGAAUACGUAAAAGUACUUAAUAUUGGAAACAAGAAAGGUGCUAUUUCAAAAGAAGAUAUAGAAGACGCGAUGACAGAAGUAUCUUGCUUGCCGUUACCUUUUAACGAUACAGGUUUAUUUCAAAUCCUUGUAACUGAACAAAGAAUAGAAAAUAGCAAAGGAGAGAGAAGUAACUAUGGUAUAUUAUUUAGAAUUCAUCAUGCCGUUGGUGACGGUGUUGCAUUGAUUGAGUUUCUUUGCAAAACACUUGCAGACGAUGUUAAAAAUGAUGAAAAAUUCUCCAUGCCCAGUAACUACAUACCUAUUGAUACAUCAACAUCUUUAUUCGAUAAAGUAAGACAGUUGUUCGCAAUGCCAAUAUGUUUCGUUGAUGGAAUACUAAGAAAACCCGAUAAACAUUCUCUACAUGGUCCUCCUUUGGUUGGAAAAAAGAUAUUUAAAUGGACAGAUCCCGAUGAAGAUUUAUUUCAGAUGAUCAAAGAAAUAAAACAUUGUAAAAGAGAUUUAAAUUUCUCUGAUAUUUUGGCAACAUCACUGUCUAGCGGCUUACGAAAUUUUUUCUCCAAGACUAUGGAAUACAUGCCUGAAGAUGUAGCGGUAAUUUUGCCCAUCAGAUUGCCGGAACAUUUUAAACAAAAUGAAUUGCAGUUUAAAAACAACUUUACAGUAACAAUCCUCGAUCUACCAACCAAAGAGAAAAGGCAAAUUAGAGAAAUAAAAAGACGAUGCAAUAUCGUUCGUAAAAGUGUAGAUCCCACCGUAAACCAUUAUUUUCUAAAAGUCUGUUACCUUUUACCGAAACAGAUUUUACGGCCUAUAUUCAAAAGUAGCCAAGCCACGUUAGUAUUUAGUAACAUGCCCGGACCAGACUCUAUAAGUAUUUGCGGUGGAAACUCAAUAAAAAGUUUAAUUUUCUUCAUACCAAAUAAAGGGAGUACUGGCCUCGGCAUAUCAGCUCUUUGCUACGGUGGAGUUCUGCGAUUCUCCGCGAUGGCUGACGCAAAUAUAGUGCCGACAUCGGAACAACUAUCCUUGAUACUUAACGGCAUGGUGGAUGAGAUUAAACAAAUGCACGAGUUAUAUGUUAAAUAAAUAGUAUAUAAUAUCAAAAGUAUAUCUUAAAUUGACAAGCUUUAGCUUGUCAAUAAAAUGUGGGCUAAUUAGAAUUGUGUGUUUGUAUUACGUUAGCUUUUUACUAUAAGUUUUGUAAUAAUAAAGUAUGUAAGCUAUUAAAUAAAUUAUUUAUAUGUUUAUUUCUUUUUAAUUUUCUUUCGAAGUGUUCAGUUUCAUAUAGUAAAGCCAAUGUUACGUUGGCCAUUGCAUCGUUUAUUGAGAUUUUGAACCUUACCGUGGUUCCAAGCUACUUAUAAAGUAAACACAUUUUGAAAAGACUUAUGAAGAGAAUAAGCUUAAAACAAAGUCUAUCUGAAAACUUUUAGCAGUCUGUUAUUGAAUAAUAAAAACUAUUGUUUUGGUUAAGGUAUGGAGUCUGCCAAAUUCUCGACAAUAACAGUUAAAUAUAUAUUUAUAAAACGCACAUAGUGGCAAUACUGAAUGUAACAUAACACU